AUGGCCGACAACAAAAUUAAUAAAUUGAAUUUAUAAUUAAUUCAUUCAUAACUUGAAGCUAAAAUAAUAAUAGAGUUUGUUAUCAAAUAGUACUACUAUAAAAUAGAAAUAAAAACAUUAAAAUAUAAAAAGGUUGUCGACACUGGGACUUCCCAAGCGGUCCCCCACCUUAGUACUAACCCAGCCUUAAGGCGCUUAACUUCGGAGUUCGAAUGGGAUCCGGUGUUUUCACCUUAGUAUGGCCGACAACAAAAUUAAUAAAUUAAAUGUUGUCGACACUGGGACUUCCCAAGCGGUCCCCCACCUUAGUACUAACCCAGCCUUAAGGCGCUUAACUUCGGAGUUCGAAUGGGAUCCGGUGUUUUCACCUUAGUAUGGCCGACAACAAAAUUAAUAAAUUAAAUGUGUUGUCGACACUGGGACUUCCCAAGCGGUCCCCCACCUUAGUACUAACCCAGCCUUAAGGCGCUUAACUUCGGAGUUCAAAUGGGAUCCGGUGUUUUCACCUUAGUAUGGCCGACAACAAAAUUAAUAAAUUAAAUAAUUUGCUAUCUAACAAAACUACUAUAAAAUAAAAAUAAGUGCCUUAAUAUAAAAAAAGGUUGUCGACACUGGGACUUCCCAAGCGGUCCCCCACCUUAGUACUAACCCAGCCUUAAGGCGCUUAACUUCGGAGUUCGAAUGGGAUCCGGUGUUUUCACCUUAGUAUGGCCGACAACAAAAUAAUAAAUUAAAAGUUAGAUUUUAUUUGUAAACGGCAAAAAAAUUUAUUUUUGUACAAAGGUUGAAAAGCAAAGCUUUAAAAUAUUAAAUAAAUUCUUGAACAUUUUAAUGAAAAGAAUUUGA